UACUAAAAGCACUCUGUCGAGUUAUGAAAAUGUCAUAACGUCUUUCUCGGAGCUGUGUUUGGAAAAUUAGUGUCCACAAUGUGGAGGGAACGUGGUGGCCGUAUGCCAAAUGACGACUUUAGACAUCUAGGGCACUAGAAGCAGUAGGGAGUUAUGGACCAUCUUGCUGGGGAGAUCAGCUCUGCGUGAACCGUCCCAGAUCGAAUCCGAGUUAGAACGGUAUGGAGAGCGGUUGUUACAGGGCCUGGCAUACUACAAACCUCCCAGCUCUUCCUCAGCAGACAAGUUGAAGGCAGAUAAAGAUGUCCCUCAGUCUCUAAAAGAAUUCGGACUUCGCAUCAGCAAACUUCUGGGUCUGGAUGAGCAGCAGAGUGUACAGAUUCUGCAGUGUUACCUGCAGGAAGACUACAGAGGAACCCGAAACUCACUGAAGACCGUUCUGCAAGAUGAGAGACAGAGUCAGGCCUUACUGCUCAAGAUAGUAGAUUACUACUAUGACGAGAGAGUUUGUCUCUUGCGCUGUAUCCUCCUACUCCUCACCUACUUCCAGGAUGAGAGGCAUCCCUAUAAAGCUGAGUAUGCAACCUGUGUGAACAAGCUGGAGAAAGAUCUUGUGUCAAAUUACCAACAGCAGUUCGAGGCUCUGUUCAAUGCAGAAGCUCCAACAUGGGAAACCCAUGGAAAUCUCAUGACAGAGAGACGGGUGUCUCUGUGGUUCUCCCAGUGCCUGAGGGAGCAGGCUUUGCUGUUGGAGGUCCUAUUCCUUUACUACGCCUACUUCGAGAUGCCCCCUAGUGACCUUUUAACCUUUACUCGGCUUUUUAAGGAGCAGGGUUUCGGACAACGCCAAACAAACAGGCAUCUUGUGGACAAGAACAUGGAUGCACUAGUGGACCGAAUCGGAUAUUUCAGCUGUCUGAUCCUUGUUGAGGGAAUGGACAUCGAUUUCCUGCAUAAAUGUGCCCUGGAAGACCGAACAGAACAGCACCAACUCUUCAGUACACAUGACAGCAACAAGGAUAUGGAUCAGUCGUUGCUGACGUUUGGGGAUAUCCCUCACCACGGCCCGGUUCUUCUAGCCUGGGUUCUUCUGAGACACACACUGCAACCAGUUGAAGCUGGACCUAUCAUCAAACGCCUCAGCCACACAACAUUACAGCUCGGGGUGUUUCAGUAUCUCACAGACAUGUUGGAGGCGCUCGGCAGCAUGGGGAAUAAUUGCACUGCCAGCACUGCACGGAUGUGCAUCUACGGUCUCCUCUCCUUUGUGGUCACUUCGUUUGAAGAGGACACGCUGGGCAGUCAGCAGCACCUGAUCAACGUUGCCUGCGAGGUUCUCGCUGCCCCGAGUCUAGCCGAGCUCUUCUGGGAGUCGAAACCUAAUGUGGGUUUGGAGAUGAUACUGGACUCAGCAGUGGGUGUUUUCCCUUAUAAGAUUGGACCAUUAUUGCAGAUACUCACAGCACUGCUGUCUGAGAAAUUUACCGCCAAGAGGGUGUACAUGUUUCUGGAUAAAAUGUCCUUCUAUACGGAGGUGUACAAACACAAACCCAGCGACGUGCUGUCCAGAGAGGACGAGACGCUAUGGAGGAGACAGACACCUAAACUACUUUAUCCACUGGGUACAGGACAGACCAACUUGCGCAUGCCGCAGGGGUGUUACGGCCAAGUUUCGGUGAGCGAGGAUGGCUACACGGUGCGCUGGGAUUAUUCUUAUUCUUCGUGGACCCUCUUCACCUGCGAGAUUGAGAUGCUGCUGCAUGUUGUUUCUACUGCUGAUGUGUUGGCGCACUGUGAGCGAGUGAAGCCGAUUUUGGACCUGGUGCAUAAGAUCAUCAGCACUGACUGGACCGUGUCUGACUGCUUGCUGCCUCUCACUUCACGCAUCUACAUGCUGCUACAGAGGUUGACUUCUGUAAUAAACCCACCGGUGGAUGUCAUCGCUUCCUGCGUCAACUGCCUCAUCGUGCUCGCUGCACGGCAACCUGGGAAGGUUUGGUCCAGUCUGCAGCACACUGGCUUCUUGCCCUUUGCAUCAACGCCCCUAACCAACAUGGCACAGACCAUCAGUGCUGAAGGCAUGAAGGCAGGUAACUACGGUAACCUGCUGGUGCUGAUCGAGCAGCCACGAGGAGACUAUGCAGUGACCAUUGCGUUUUUGAGACUGGUGACCACACUCGUGAAGGGUCAGGUGGGCAGUACUCAGAGCAGAGGCCUCAUUCCCUGUGUGCUUCUUGUUCUAAAGGAGAUGCUGCCUACUUACCACAAGUGGCGCUAUAAUACACACAGUGUCCGGGAGAAGAUUGGUUGUUUGAUUCUAGAGCUUGUCCAUGCAAUACUUAAUCUAUGUCCUGAGGGGGAGUCACAGGGAAGCACUCCCAGCCUGCAGUCUUUAUGUAUCUACAGUCUGGCAAACACUGAAGCAGGCCAGGCUGUGGUGAACAUCAUGGGUGUGGGAGUGGACACCAUCAACACAGUGCUAGCAGCUCAGCCCAGCAGUGGGAGUUGUGACGGUCCUGGUCAGGUGUUGAUUCAGACAGUGAAGUUGGCCUUCUCUGUUACUAACAACGUCAUCCGACUCAAACCACAUUCAGAUACUGUUUCUCCUCUGGAGCAGGCGCUUACACAGCAUGGUGGUCAUGGCAACAACCUAAUAGCAGUUCUGGCCAAGUACAUUUACCACAAACACGAUCCUGCUCUGCCGAGACUCGCUGUUCAGCUGCUAAAGAGACUCGCCUCUGUUGCACCCAUGUCGGUGUAUGCUUGUUUAGGCAGUGAUGCAGCAGCGAUCAGGGACGCGUUCCUUCGACACAUGCAAAGCAAAACGGUAGACCUACGUGUUAAAGUCACCAUCUUGGAGUUUCUCACUGUAGCUGUGGAAACGCAGCCGGGUCUCAUCGAGCUCUUCCUCAACCUCGAAGCCAAGGAGGGCAGUGAGGGGACAAAGGAGUUCUCUCUGGGUGAGUGGAGUUGUUUGUCUGUGGUUCUGGAGCUAUUGGACUCCGAUACGCAGAACCAGUCAUGGUGUCCUCCUCUGCUGCAGCGGGCAGCGCUCGCUUUCCUACAUGCGCUGUGGCAGGACCGCAGAGACAGUGCACUGUCUGUGCUACGCAGCAGGAAGAAAUUCUGGGACAAUCUGACAGCACCACUUUUCGGGACACUUCCCUCACCAUCAGAGACCACAGAGCCAUGUGUUUUGGAGUCAUGUGCCUUUGUAAUGAAGAUCAUAGGCCUGGAGAUCUACUAUGUUGUCAGCGGUCAGCUGGAGGACUCUCUGAAAGCUGCACUGCAGCGCCUCAGCUCACAGCGCCGUUAUGAAUUUUGGUCCCAAUAUGUCCGGAGGCUGGUGUGUGUGGCCUGUGAGAAUGAAGAAGGAGGAAUGAGGUCACUACCUGAGACUCAGAUGCUUAUCUCAGCUUGGAGGACACUGCUCAUACUCUCCACUAGCCAUUCUGAUGUAAUGCACCUUAAGGAAGACUCUGUGAAGCUGAAGCUCUUCAUGGAUGUCCUGGAAGGAACUAAAGCAACAUUACUGAUGCCCCAGUCUGUAGCAUGUCUGCGUUUAGGCUCCAUGAUGGCUACCUUGCUGCUUAUCAUCCUCAAACAAUGGAAAAGUGUGUUGGUAUCAGCUCCAGCUCUCCUUCCUCCUCUCUCUCUGAUGUUAGAGAGCGUACUUCAGGCUGAUCAGCAAUUGAUGGAGAGAACCAAAGCCAAGCUUUUCUCAGCUCUCAUAUCAGCACUGCACAUUCAGGGCCUUAAUGGAGGAGAGAUUACCCAGCUGCCUCAGCUGUUACUGUGCGUAUGUGAGACUGUCCAUGAUGAGGCUAUGGCUUUAAUUGACAACACACGUCACAUGAUCCAAAAAGGUGACAUUCAGGAGGAUAGCAUGGAGACCGAUGCACCACACGGUGUCCAGAAAGACCAGCGAGACUCGGUGUGUGUGUUAGCUCUGCACCUGUCUAAAGAGCUGUGCAGGGCUGAUGAGGAUGGUGAGCAGUGGCUGCAGGUUAUGAGGAAGCUGCCUGUACUGCCCUCAGUUCUCAGUGCCCUUGAGCUCAGUCUGCGCUCAAAACACAACCUCUACUUCACCGAGGCAGCUCUCCACUUGCUGCUUACACUAGCUAGAACCUCGCAGGGGGCAGCAGCAGUAGCAGGUGCCGGUGUGAUUCAGAGCAUCUGUCUUCCUCUUCUCAGUGUGUAUGAAGGCCCAGCUAAUGGAGCCACACAGGCGUUCUCCCGUAAGCCUGUCGAUGCCCCAUCCUGGCUCGGUGUGUAUCGGAUCUGUCUGUCUCUGAUGGAGAGUCUACUCAAGACCCUGCGAUACAACUUCAUCAACGAGGCACUCGACUUUGUCGGAGUUCACCAAGAGCGCAUAUUGCAGUGCCUCAGUGCAGUUCGUACAGUACAGUCUCUAGCGUGUUUGGAUGAAGCCGAUCACACAGUGGGUUUCCUUCUGCAACUGUCCAGCUUCUGUAAAGAGUGGCACUUCCAUCUCCCACAGCUGCUUAGAGAUGUGCAGGUGAAUCUCUGUUACCUGUGUCAGACAUGUACAUAUCUUUUGCACAGCAAGAAAAUGUUACACCACUACCUCCAGGCAAAAAACGGGGAAGCUCUACCUCAGAGGUCACGUCCACAGCAAGCUCUACAGUCCGUUACUAAAGAGCAGCCGUCAGUCGGCGAGCGAGAUGAGAUGGAGUCCAAAGCCCUGCAGGCGGUGCAGUGCAGCCUGCUGAAGAUUCUCAGCAAAACUUUGGCCACAUUACAGCACUUUACACCAGACUGCUGCCAAAUCCUUCUAGAUCAGACUAUGGACCUUGCGGAGUACAGGACUCUGUUUGUUCUAAGUUUUACGACACCCGCCUUUGAUUCAGACGUCGCUCCGUCGUUUGGGACUCUGCUGGCUACCAUCAAUGUGGCGCUGAGCAUGCUGGGAGAGAUAGAGAAAAAGAAGGAGCCAGUGGUGUCAUCUGAGGAAACUCAAGCAAUGAAGUCCUUGUUGAUGUUUUCCAUGGAGAACUGUUUCUACGUGUUGAUCUCACAGGCCAUGCGGUGUUUAAAAGAUCCGACUGUUCUGCCUCGAGACAAACAGAGAGUUAAACAGGAGCUCAGCUCUGAACUGAGCACACUGUUAUCAACAUUGUACAGGUUUUUCCGACGAGGCUCACCUUCAUCCCCUGCCAGCGGACUUCUGCCUUCCCCUCAGACCAAACCCACAACCCCUGGUUUAAAGGUCACGCAAGAGGUCCAGGAACCAUUCAUACAGCUUGUCCAGGCUUUCGUACGGCAUGUCCAACGCUAGACCCACAUGCACAAAUGAGUCGCCAUCAUCUACAUUGUAGACCAUUUCAUUCAGUCUUAAGAAAGACUCAUGUUUUUUCAUCCUUUUUUUGUUUUUGUGCCAAAGCCUAGCUGUACCAAGUUGCUAUCUCUUUCUGAACCAUACAGAUUAGAUGGAAGAUACAUUUGUAAUCAUUAAAGUUGCUCAUCUAAAGCUUUGGUUGAAUUAUUUAAGGUGCUCCAGUUAGUUUUAAAGCUCAAAUAAUCUAACAUGGCAUCCAGAGGCCUAGUUUUAUAGGCUUGAUUUCUGACUGAUCUGACUCAAUUUAACAAAUUAUAGGCACUUUAACUUUAAUCUGUUAAAUGUGUACGGUUUCUUUAUUAGUCAGCUUGUGGGCCCAAUUUUCCGAUCAAGAUCUAUGUCGAGGCAAAUUAAUGACAUCAGCUCUGAAACAGUUCAAUGCUAAUGGGGACCAUUUAACAGCGUUUACCCAGUUUAAAACCAGGUCACAUUAUAUGUAUUGAUUUAUUAUUUGUUAUACACCCAGUGUUUUGUCAAAGUAUCAACCACAUCCUUAACCAGGAUGAAUGAGAAUGAGUGUUUUUGACUGACGUGUACCAUUUUUGGGAAGCUUUCUUUAAUUGUACUCUUUUUUAUUAUUAUUAUUAUUAUUAUUUCACGGGCUAUAGUUUAUAGUAUAGUACUAUACUAUAGUAUAGUUUACUAUAAUUUGUUUAUGUAUGUUUAAAUACACUCACUGUCCACUUUUUUAGGAGCACCUUUACACCUGCACAUUGUCAGGAGUUUCUGAAAUACUCAAACCAGCCCAUCUGGCACUAAAUACCAUGCCAUGGCUAGUCACGGAUUUGUAAGUCACGGAGUCUUAAGAAAGACUCAUUUUUCCCCAUUCUGAUGUUUGAUGUGAACAUAAAUCCUGACCUCUUGUCCUGCUCUGCUGCUACAUGAUUGGAUGAUUUCAUGCUAUCUACAGGUGUUCCUUAUAAGUGGACAGUGAGUGUAUACUUGUUCAUGUUUUUUCUAUAUUUCAGUGUUCUUGUCUCACUGGGAUGUUUGAGGGGGAAAAAAGGCAUUUGUGUCAUUAAGUUUAUACAAAAAUAAAGAAUUUAUAGGAUGUUA